GGUGAGUCAAACAGACAGGAUAAAUCACUCUUACAGCGCUGAAGAAUCUAUUGAUCUAUUUUUCUGAGAACAGAAACAAUCACAGGAUGUUCAGGCUCUUGCUGCUCCUGUUGGCUGUGGCUGGUCUUCAUGCAAGACCGCUGCAUCGAUUCCCAAAUGGUAGACUGAAGCAAACUGGGCCACAAAUGGUCCAAGACGAACCUAGGGACAACUCAGUUCUGAAGGACAAUGGUGUGAAACUCAAGAAGCAAAUACCAGUUCCUGUUGAGUUCUGCAGGCAGGGAACAGAACCUUCCAGACGCUUCCUGAUGGAUCUCAACACUGGGAUGCUCAAGGAGGAAGUUGGCGAAAUGAACAGAAGAGUUUCCGGCUUCUACAAUCCUCCAGCUGCUGAGAUGAGGAAGGGAACUCAGAAUUCUCAAGCCAUUUUGGUGGAUCCCAGAACUGGACAGAUGCUGCCAUCACUAAAUGAGCUGCAGAGGAACACAGCGCCAUUGGAUGAGUUCAGACAAGGCACUGAACACCAGCUGCACAUCCUGGAGGAGCUCAGAAUGCAUCACAUGAUCAAACCACAGUACAGCCCUCAGAGCGAAAGACAUGAGCAGAGAGCAAUACCUGCUGAAGUGUACAGGAAAAGCACUGAACCUUCCAAAAAUGUCCUAAUGGACCUGAACACCGGUCUACUCAAAGAACACAGGAAUGAGGUGGACAGGAGAGUAGUGGGCUCAGCUAAAUGGGAAGUGGUUUCUGGCCCUGAGCAUGAAGACAUAAAAAACCAAGACUCUUCUGAACGUAAGGAGAACCACAUAGCGGUUCCUGCUGAGUUACGCAGGCAGGGAACAGAACCUUCCAGACGCUUCCUGAUGGACAUGAACACCGGCAUGCUCAUACAUGAAGUUGGCGAAAUGAACAGAAGAGUUUCUGGCUUCUACAAUCCUCCAGCUUAUGAGAUGAGGAAGGGAACUCAAAAUUCACACGUCACUCUGGUGGAUCCCAGAACUGGACUGAUGCUGCCGUCACUAACAGAGCAGCAGAGGAACGCAGCACCAUUGGAUGAGUUCAGACAAGGAACUGAAUACAAGCCGUACAUCCUACAGGAGCUCAGAAUGACUGAGAUGCAAAAACCAGGCAAUAAACCUUCCAGAAACCUCCUGUUGGACCUGAACACCGGUCUACUCAAAGAACACCAAAAUAAGAUGGACAGAAGACCAGGCUCAGCUAAAUGGGAAGUGGUUUCUGGCCCUGAGCAUGAGGACAUAAAAAGCCAAGACUCUUCUGAACGUAAGGAGAACCACAUAGCGGUUCCUGCUGAGUUACGCAGGCAGGGAACAGAACCUUCCAGACGCUUCCUGAUGGACAUGAACACCGGCAUGCUCAUACAUGAAGUUGGCGAAAUGAACAGAAGAGUUUCUGGCUUCUACAAUCCUCCAGCUUAUGAGAUGAGGAAGGGAACUCAAAAUUCACACGUCACUCUGGUGGAUCCCAGAACUGGACUGAUGCUGCCGUCACUAACAGAGCAGCAGAGGAACGCAGCACCAUUGGAUGAGUUCAGACAAGGAACUGAAUACAAGCCGUACAUCCUACAGGAGCUCAGAAUGACUGAGAUGCAAAAACCAGGCAAUAAACCUUCCAGAAACCUCCUGUUGGACCUGAACACCGGUCUACUCAAAGAACACCAAAAUAAGAUGGACAGAAGACCAGGCUCAGCUAAAUGGCAAGUGGUUUCUAGCCCUGAGCAUGAGGACAUAAAAAGCCAUGACUCUUCUGAACGUAAGGAGAACCACAUAGCGGUUCCUGUUGAGUUACGCAGGCAGGGAACAGAACCCUCCAGACGCUUCCUGAUGGACAUGAACACUGGGAUGCUCAAGGAGGAAGUCAGCGAAAUGAACAGGAGAGUUUCCGGCUUCUACAAUCCUCCAGCUUAUGAGAAGAGGCAGGGAACAGAGCCCUCCAGACGCUUCCUGAUGGACAUGAACACCGGCAUGCUCUUACAUGAAGUUGGCGAAAUGAACAGAAGAGUUUCCGGCUAUUACAAUCCUGAAGCUUAUGAGAUGAGGAAGGGAACUCAAAAUUCUCACGCCACUCUGGUGGAUCUCAGAGCUGGACAUAUUCUGCUGUCGGUAAAUGAGCUGCAAAGGAGCACAGCACCAUUGGAUGAGUUCAGACAAGGCACUGAGUACCAUCCGUACAUCCUACAGGAGCUCAGAAUGUAUUACAUGAUAAAACCAGCUCUUGUUUAGAAGAGAUGAGAGAGUUCGACUGUGUUUGUACCAUAUGACUGCAUGAAGACCAAGAAGCAAGUUUUACAAAAGCUGUCAUCCAUCAAAUGUAACUGUCUAUCUAGUACACUUUACUGCUAAUUUCAGUGGUUUCAUGCAAUAAAAUUGUCAUGCAAUAUUUGAACUGACCUCCUACAUGUACUCAUAAUCUACAAAAUAAAUGCAUUAACAAAA